AUGGCUGCAAUGGCUGCCUUUCUGGGGCCUUCCAUGCCCCCCUUGACGUGGCAGCCGCUUGCUGGAGGGCUCAAGCGGCCGAGGCCACAAAGCGCGGACAGGUGCCGGGCGCAGAGCAGGGCAUUCGGCAUACCUCGGGCCGGGGCCGCUGUCUUCUUGCCACUUGUGGCCUUAACGAGGCGGCGCGCCAAGGGGAAGAACGGGAAAGAUGGCCCGAGCGGUGUGCAGAAGUGGUUUGAGGAGAAGAAGGCGGAAGGAACUGCAGGUGUUGGUGGUGCGGUAGUUGGUGGCAUGCUCGCUGGCCCUUUGGGGGCCGUAGUCGGCUCACAGGUAGCUUCAAAGCUAGGCCCCGUGUUGAACGAUGCCCUGGACGCCUUGGAGGUAGACGAGGCUGAGGACUCUCCAGACCCGAAGGAGGAGAAGGAGGAGAGAGCCAGCGACAGAAAGCAGGAGGACGUGCAAAGUAAGCAAGCUGAGCCUGAGGCGGCCAAAGUCCCCCCAGCCCCCAAGCAGGAAGAGAAGCCAGCUGCGCAAGAGCUGCCACCGAAAAGCUCCGAGACCAAGGAGCCCGAAAGCGAGCCUCCCAGUCCGACGCUUGCCGAAGCCUCCCCACCAGAAGGUUCGCCUGCGCUCCCGGACGAGCUCCAGAAGCUCCGCAGCAGCGUUGCCGAGAAGAAGAAGAGCCUGAAGGCGCAGGUGGAGGCUCUGUACCUCCAGGCCGAGGAGGCCCUGAUAGCCGGCGACGAGUCCGCCGCCCGUGAGCAUCUCGAGGCCCGGUCGAAGGCUCAGGCGAGCCUGGAGAAGCUGACGGAAGGCGACGAGCGGAGGCUUCAGCGGCACGCGGACCAGCUGAAGGCCCUGGACGAGAAGGCAGAGGAGAUGUACAGGAAGGCGGAGAAGUCCCUGCAAGCUGGGGAAGAUAAGAUGGCCCGGGAGUUCCUUGAAGAGUGGCAGAAGAUCCUCUUGCAGCGACAGAAGCUCCAUGACGAGGUUUCUCCCUGA